AUGGUGUCUGCUCCUGUAUUAUAUGCGGCAGUGCCUAUAUCUUUAGCUGUUGCGUUGGGUUUAAUACGUCGCUGGAGAUCUCGAAACUGGGGAAAAUGUUUAAGUAAUACGUGUCUUAAAGGAAAAACUUAUCUAAUAACUGGCGCUAAUAGUGGUAUUGGUCUUGAGACUGCAAGGGCUUUAGUAAGAAGAAAAGCACGAGUUAUUUUUGCGUGUCGCGAUCUAGCAAAAGCAAAAAAGGUUGUUGCUGAAAUAAAGAAAGAAGAGAACUAUGGAGAACUUAUACCUAUGCACUUAGACCUCGCAUCUUUGGAGUCAAUAGAGAAAUUUGUUGAAGUUGUCAAGGUUGGGUUUCACAAAAUCGACUGUCUCAUUAACAAUGCUGGCGUUGUGGUACCAUUAGACAGAGACCAGAAAACUGAAGAAGGAUUUGAAAUACACCUUGGUGUCAACCACUUAGGUCAUUUUUAUCUGACAAAGCUUUUGGUCGACCUGUUGAAGAGAGCUGCUCCUAGUCGGGUUGUGAUGGUGUCAUCUUCACUACACGAGCGAGGGAAGUUGAACUUUGAUGACCUAAACUUAAGAGCUGAAAUCGAAGCGGUGAAGAAAGGCAAAAAGGAACGCCAUAACCCCGGCUACUGCAACUCUAAGCUGAUGAAUGUGUACUUUGCGAGGGGCUUGGCAGCAAGGCUGCAGGAAUUUGGGGUGGAUGUCAGUGCCUGCUGCCCUGGGUUCUGCUACACCAACUUGUUCAGAUCGUUCGUCAAAUGGUAUCAUUACAUUCUCUUCGCGCCAGUGGCACUACUUUUCAUGCGAUCAGCCAAACAGGGUUCCGAAACUGUGGUAUACUGCGCCACAGACUAUGGUAUUGAAGGUCAGACGGGCAAAUUUUAUCGUGACUGCGAGGAAUACACUUCAAAGUAUCCAUUCACACGCGCUGAAGAGGAAAAGCUUUGGGCAGUCAGUGAAGAAAUUAUAAAAGCCCGCAGACCGCUAUAG